AUGGACUACAGCGCCCACGACCCGGACCACCCCGGCGGCCGCGACCCAUGGGCAUCGUCGCCCCAGGCCAACCGAACGUCGUUUGGCCAGCCGCCGACCAACGACAUCCCCUCAUCCCCGCUGCCUCCGCAGGCUUCCCCGUACCAUGAAGGUGGUGAGCAGUACGGCUACAUGGGCGACCAAGAUGCGCAAAGCCGGCCCGGUACGGCGCCAGAGAACGGCGACCAUCUGCAGCAACCACAGAUGCCGGGCCAGGAUGCGCCGCGGUCACCCAAUGCGCAGCAGGGCCAGCAGCAGCCGCAGCGAUACCACGGCAACAGGCCGCAGCGGCAACAGCAACACUACAAGCUCCAGGCCAAGGUCACGGGACUCGAGCGGAAUAGCAAGAAGGACCCGAUACUGCGAUUUGAUGUCUACGUACGUCUCCACAACAUCGACACGACCGGGCUAGAGGCGCGCGACAUAGCGGACAUUGAGGCGUGGUGCAAGACGAACCUCCCCAAGUUCCGAACCACCCAAUUCCGCGAUGUCCGACGCCUGCACUCCGAGUUCGUAAAGCUCGGCGAGCAUCUCAUCUCAGCAUGCCCCGAGGCUAUUGUGCCUGCAGUACCGCCAGCGACUACCUCGGCAGGCGCAGGCACCGACGAAGACGAGGCACGCCUGAAGACUUCGCUACAACGGUGGCUGAACAUUGUAUGCAGCAAUGACAUUCUGAUACGCGACGAAGAGAUGGUCUUCUUCGUGGAGAGCGACUUUGGCUACAGCCCUGUGGUGCGGAGGAAGCAACCUGCGACUGGCGUGCGCCGCAAGAUGAUCAAGCAGUUUGCGCCGCCGCCAGACGACACGCCGGAACUUGCUGCGGCACGACCAGUCGUCAAGGCUUUCUACCUAGGCACAAUGGAGGCGGAGCAGAAGCUAGAGAAGGUCGUGAAACACAGGAGAAAUCUGGGAGUCGCAGAAUCCGAUCUCGGUGCCAAGUUUGCAGCGCUACAUGUCCAAGAAACACACGUCGGUCUCUCACACGCAUACAAGAAGCUCGGGAAGGUCAUCCAGGCCACGGGCGACUUCCACGCAGCACAGGGUACUGCCGAAGCUACAACCCUCGGUGACCCUCUCCAAUACCACAGCAGCGAUGCCUUCAUUGCGAAAGAAACCCUGACAAACCGACACAUCCUCCUCCGCGAGCUCCUACAAGCACAAUCCGCGACAAAGUCCAAGCUGUCCGCAGCCGAUAGGCUCAAGGCCAGCUCGAGCGUUAAGCGGGACAAGGUCGACGAGGCUAUCGCAGCCCUAGACGAAGCGAGAAGCCACGAACAAUACCUCACGACCAAAGCCCAGCGCGUCACAGCCAACCUCCUACAAGAGCAACGCAAAUGGUUCAACAGAACCACACAAGACAUGAGGCAAGCGAUCCGCGAAUACGUCGUGCGAGAAAUCGAAGCAGAGCGCCGUACACUUGCGACACUAGAAUCGGUACGACCAGACAUCCGCGCUAUCGACGGUAGUGGUGGCCUUUCCCGGCUGGGUCGCGAAGCACAUCCCACUCAGCGCCGUACUCCCAUGGCCAGUUCACAAGGACCCAAGGGCGAUGCAUGGUCCGGUGUACCACGACGCCCAGGUGACGGCCUCAAUCGUAGCAUGAGCGGCAGUAUCGUGGCGCCUCUACCCGAGGCCGAUGAGAAUGAGGAAGAGUCUGUGAAUGGGAGGAAACGUGCGACUAGCAAGGCAGGCAGCCAGAAGGGGAUUGAAGAGGAUGAUGAUCGCAUUGACGCGAAGAAUGCGGCGAGCAGACUGGCUACGACGACGUUCUAG